AUGCCUUUCCACGUGGAUGACAUAAUGCGGCUUUUGUGCCACGUUUCCGGAGAACAGAAGAUGAAAGCUGCCAUAAAACACUCUGCCAAGGGCGCUCUGGUUGCCGGCACCGGUGCCUUCCUAGGAGGUUUGGUCGGAGGGCCUCCUGGAAUUGCAGUUGGUGGUGCUGUGGGAGGAUUAGUGGGCGCCUGGAUGUCUAGCGGUCAGUUCCAGCCGGUCCCUCAGAUUCUUAUGGAGAUGCCCCCUGUCCAGCAGCAGAAGCUCUGUGAAAACAUCUACACCAUCAUCAGCAACUUGCACUGGACCGAUGCAACUCAUCUCAUCAUGCUGGUCAUGGGCAAUGCCUCCUUACAACAGAAGGUGACAACCGCACUCAUCAACUACGUGUCCCAGGAGCUGAAAGCAGAGAUUCAGUAUGGAGACUAG